UGCAGCCAUAGAGGAAGUGCCACGUGUAACUGGUAAUCACCAAUGCUUGGUUAUAACUGCUACUAGUAUCAAGGAAUUUGGUAAGCCAGAGAGACCAGACCCCCGUACAGUUCUUGAAGGCAACAAACAGGAGCAUGGCUAUGGCAGCUUCAGUAGUGAUGACCUCACUGACCCUCAAACCUUCUUUUUCUGCAUUCACAGCUAAGAAAACAGCAGCUGUGCGAGGCCUUCCCUCUCUCCCUAGAACUUCCCGUUUGAGGGUUGUGGCCAGUGCUAAAAAAAAGAUCAAGACUGACAAGCCUUAUGGUAUUAAUGGGGGCAUGAGCUUGGAUGGGGGACUGGACGCAUCUGGAAGGAAGGGCAAGGGGAAGGGAGUUUACCAAUUUGUAGACAAAUAUGGUGCUAAUGUUGAUGGGUACAGCCCCAUCUUUAACACUGAUGACUGGUCUCCAUCUGGUGAUGUCUAUACUGGCGGUACCACUGGGCUAGCAAUAUGGGCUGUGACCCUUCUUGGGAUUCUAGCAGGGGGUGCGCUCCUUGUGUACAAUACUAGUGCUUUGGCACAGUAGAACCCCCACUUGUAAUUUUAAUUAGACUAUGUUCUGAUAAAGUCUGUUCCAAGCAAGUGUUCUGAAGAACAUUGUAUAUAAAACCUUAGUGCUACUUUAACUGUUUAAUCUGUACUACGUUGGUGUGGGGUUGUAUUGAUGCAUGUACUGUGUGUGAUUUUAAUUAAUCUUGUUUGCCUGUUACUAGUU